GCUCAGCCACUUUCGCCAGUCAGUGAUUGAACGUCGGCGCGUACGCAUCUCGGUCCAGUUCGGUUCCGGCCUGCAGCACCCUCCGGUGGGGAAGUUAUAUAAAAAAGCGAGAGAAUAUUUUCUAUUUUCACUCUCCCGGUGCAAGUCGAAAAGUCGGGCGACGGCAAAGAAGUUACACCUGGAAGUUGCAAAAAGAACCCGUUUGAGUGCUACCAGCAGAGUGAGUGGAAGCGAAAGCAACGCCCGAGCUGAGGUGGAUAUGCUAUUCCUGGUCAGCUUUUCCUGCACCAUCAGUAGCCAUCCAGAUCUUUCGACUUAGCUCGCAGUGCUCUCAGUGUAAUCAGCUCAGGCCAGUGAAAAGAAUAUUCGACAGUCCAGCAGAACUGGGUCAAGUAUGGCUUCGAGUCCUUCAAACCGAUUUCGGAGCGGGCGCAACAUGCCAUCAUGGGUGACCGAAAGCAGUGAUCGGGUAGGGCCGCCGCCUCCACCGCCACCGGCCAAUAACGAUCCCGAGUAUGAGGUCAUCGAUGUGGCGAACCAGCAGCAAUACUCGAAUGCUCCACCUCCAGUGCCGCUCAAAUCUCCAGACAUCAAACGGCUGACCGUGAUGAAGUGCGAUUUGUGCGGUUCCGUCGCGCCCGUCGUCCGGUGCGAGCAGUGCGAUCAGAACCUGUUCUGUGUGUCCUGCGACGAUCGCUACCACCGACACCCGAAACGCCAAACACACGUCAGAAAGCCGAUUGAACCGCCCGCGGCGGUUGCGCCACCGACCCCCAGCAGCACGGUCAAGCCUCCGCUGCCACCGAAGGGUGACGCCGGAUCGAGCGGGCCGCUGCCGCCGCCGAGAAGGAACAAGCGCCCCGGAAGCUUCCACUUUCCCAGUCCCAUGUUUGGCCGCAAGCAGGACCAGCAGACAAUCCCCACAACAGUGCCACAAGGGCAGCCGGAGCAGCAGCAGCAAAAACCUCCGCCACCGCCGCCGAGUCCGGCGCUUUCCUUGCGGGAAAAGAUGAACUCCCUCAAACGCUUCAUACAUCCCUCAAACAGGCCCUUACCUGAUCCUCCGGAGAAUAAAAUUCAUUCUUCCAACUCAUCACUGGACACCGUCUCGAAGCGCUCGCCGUCGAUCGGGCCCAACAGAUCCGUUUCGAGCACGAUGGAAAAGAUCCAGAACAAUACGGCGGCCACGCUGGACCGCAUGACGCUGCUGCAGCAGCGCUACCGGCAGCACCAAGAGGCGAUGAAGUCGGAUGGAGAUCGCAGCAGACGCGCCAGUCUGACGUCCAACACCGACCUGCAGUCAUCCGCUACUGAAUCGUCAAACAGCUUCCGUAACAAGCCAACAGGUGCUUUUCAGCAGCAGCAGCAGCAGCAGCACCAACAGUCGUCGAUGCAACCCUCUCAACAGCUGCAGAACAGAUGGCUUAACCCGCCGGUACAGCCCAGAAUACGAUCUGGCAGUGUUGCUUCCGGCAUUAAUCUACUGUCCGUCCCGGGGACACCGAACGGACCGGGUUCAGGCUUUGGGCACAAUUUCGCCCCACCGGGCAAUAGUAAUGCACCGUCUGUCUCUCCUAUACAGCGCUCGGAGUUUGGCGACACGAUGCCUUCGAUGCCGAACGGGCCAAGGAGUCUCAGCACGUCUGUGUUCAAUCUGCACCAGCCGCCACCACCGCAGCCGAACAUGUGGGGCUUCAAUCCGUUGCAUCAGGCUCAGUCAAUGGCACACUUCAAUCCGAUGCAGUGGAAUCAGAUGAACGCCUGGAUGGGACGUGGAUCACAGAACGGUUCCAACAUGAGUCUCAACCUACCGCCACAGCAUGGCUAUCCGCCACAAGAUCCUACCGGAUAUCCACCAGGCUGGACCAACACUUGGAAUGGAAUGUAUCCAUACCCCCCAAUGGGCAUGAUGCCAAUGAUGCCAGGAGUAGCCAUGCCACCGCCGCGAUCCCGUGCCAACUCACGAUCGCGCGCUGCCUCACCAGCGCUGAGCGUCAAGUCGCGCAAGUCCACCAUGUCGAUGCGCAACCUCAACCGAAACAGUUUCAUCGACGAUCUUACCGAUGACGAAGAUUCGGACGACGGGUUCCAUCGCUCGCGCGGGCGUGGUGGUGAACGGCGACGCCGUGAGCGUCUCAACUCCACCAGCAGUAUGGACUUUGAUGAGCCAGAGCCUCCAGCGCAGUCCUUCGUGCGUGCAUCGAGCGUGAAGCAUUCGCGCUUCAACCGUGAUCGCCGUGGUGGAGGAUCUUCGGCCCGUUCGCUGAUUGAUUAUCCCGUGUCGAGGAAGGUCACAGCUCCACCAGCUCGGUACGAUCGCGAGGAGCUGGUGCGCGAUCGUUUCGACAAGCUGUCCGUGUCGUCGGCCCGCAAAGAGCCAUCGGAUUCCUUCACAAACGAUUCCGAUCUCGAGCAGGAAGGACGUCGAGUCACCUCCAAUCGGUCACGCUCGGGCAACGAGAGUCUCAGCUCACCGCGCAAGAUCAACUCCGACUCCAUGACGAAUGAUUCCGAUGCCGACUUUGAGCGCAGACGUCAGGCCAAACUGAAGGCGGCUCAGAGCAAUCUCGCUGCCGAACGGCGCAUCACGUCCGACUCGCACACGAACGACUCCGAGCCGGAACAGGAUCGACGAAGACAGCAGAAGAGCAAGCCGGCUCCAUUGCCAGCGCCCAAAAAGCCAAUCCCAAGCUCCGAUUCGGAUGGGCGUGAGAAACAGCGCAGAAAGAGUGACACCAAGAAGAGUGACAGUGGAAAGGUUGUCGCAGCCGCGCCCAAGAAGAUUCCUUCCGACUCGCACACACCCGAUACGGAUGGUUCGGACCAGAGGAGACGCUUUGCCUCGAAACAACAGAGACAACGCAAGCACUCAAGCACCGAGUUCAUCGCCAACGAGUCCGACAAUGAACGGCCGGAAAAGGUCGUCAAUGGGCUGCUGGAGUUCCGCACCAUAUCGCCCACGAAGUCGGACUCAGACGAACAGCGCCAUCUGAAAACGGUCGAGAUUAAGAACAUCAUCAACGACACCCGCUCGGAGGUGGAGCCCGAUAAUGGAGAAGUGCCAGAACAAUCACCGCCACCGCCAGCCCUCGUUGCACCGGAUCGCGAGUGGGAGUGUGAGUUCUGCACGUACGUCAACGAGCCUGGCGUGAAGAUCUGUGCCAUCUGCUGCAAAACCGCCACCAUCAGUGCGGUGGGUGGUGGUGCCACGAAACAGGACAGUGAGACCCGUUCACCGCCUCCGGAUGUAGUGCAGGAAGCGCCGCAAGUUACCGAGGUGAAGCUGCAAAUCGUACCGCCCCAGAAGCCCGCCAACGGUAAGCCACCAGGUGAAACGAAGAAGAAAGAUGUUGACGACGAGAUGGACACCGAGAUGGACCAGAUAGUCGAGGGCGAGGUUGUGUCGAAGUCGUGUAGCGAUGAUAGUAGUGAAGGGUUGAAUCGAUCCCUCACUCCCGAGAGGAAACAAUCGGUUGAGAUACAGCCAAGCUUUGAUGCAGAUCCUGUCCACGUUGAGAAAAAGGUUGCGAAAGAGAAGGUAUCCACGGGUUGUGGUCCUUCGCCGCCAAGGGAAAUUGUUGGGGUUGGCCAUUCAGCGGCUGGAGGAGAAAGGCCGCGUCAUAGGGCUUCUAUCGGCACAUCACCACCGCCCCAGGAUAUGUCCACACAGACAUAUGAUUCAUUCGAGCAGGUGCGUCAUGAAAUUGCCACACAAAGUCAACGCGCUGAUAAACCGGCCAAUGAAACGGCCCAGGAGCCGAACCUCACGUCUUCAGCACUUUACAAGCGAUCGUAUUCGCUCGCCACACCGCAACUGCUCGAAGUUGAACGCCCUGCCAGUCGCAACAGCAUCUCUAGUGAUACGCAGAGCCUACCACCAUCACCACACGAACUGAGCCCGCAGCCCGGUCUGCAGAACUCGUCACGGUAUCACGCAAAUCAGGCACUGAAUCAAACGACCACCACCACCACCACCACUCAAUCAUCCCCAUCCCAUCGUUACGGCCAGCAACAGCAGCAGGAUGAAAGCCUAUCCUUCCUGGACCGUGCCAUCCAUCAGAUCAUCCAAACAGCCGCUAAUCAGACACUCGGUGCUGCUGCUGCCGCUACUGCCUCCGGCCGCGCUGCAGCUGUUCCCGAAGAGAACAUGUAUCGCACAUUUAACGAUCUACGCCGCAUCGAUACGAUGACGCAGGCAAAGGUCGUCGGUCCGCAGCCGGCUGGCGGUGGAAAUGUGCCACCCAGACAACCAAUGCAAUCGAAAACGAUGGACGAUCAUCAAGAUCCUGAAGAUAUGCCGCAAGGUACAGAGCAACUGACAGAGAUGCAAAAUGGAUCUACAUCCAAAGAGGAACCUUCUGAGAUGACUCUUCUUCUGCGGGAAGCAGAACACUAUCAUUUCACAGCCGAAGAGUUGCAGGCAGCGAUGAAUCAUUGUGGCGAAAAGCAUCCGGUCCAGUGGCUGCGCAGCAAUUGGAACAAACUAAUCGAAACGGUUCAAACGUUGGCCACCAAGUACGGGCACGAGAAGCGCGAGAACACCAUCGGAACCAUUUCGACGGUGGAGGCCCGGGAGGCGCUCAGAAUGCACAAGGGCAACAUCUGGCGUGCGAUCACUGAGUGCAUCGAGCAGCGACAGCACAAGUAUCGCGAAAUCGCCUCGAAGGGUAACUUCACGCGGGAGGACAUCGUCACAAGCCUGACGGCCCACCAUGGCAAUCUUGAGCUGGCGACGAUUGAGCUAAGCAAAACGCAGCUCAAACCGUUCCUGAUGCGCAUCUGGGGUCCACCGAGCGGGGCCGACAACGACAGUGGCAACUUGCUGCUGCAGCAAGCGCUGCAGGAGGAUCGAACUGGAAUCAGCAGUGAAAUUCAACAGUUUAUCAGUGCCCAUGUAGAACAGGAGCUGCUUGGUACAGGGCCAUCGGAAAAGGUUAUGCAACCAUCAGAACCCGAGCUACCGAGCGCGAUGGAGCAAGCAGACAGAGAAGAAAUCGAGCCAGAAAUACAACAACUAACUGAACAUGAGAACACUAAAGCACCAACUCCAUCACUGCCGGAAGAGGAUCAGCUUGAAGAGGUAUGUGAAGCGCAAUCCACCACGACCACUUCCAAUACGGAAAUAUUAAAGGAUAUUGAGGCACUUAUAAUGCAAAUGGAACGAAAGCAAGAGUCCUCCAACGGUACGGUGCUACGCAACAUCCAGCAACUGCUCAGCCAACUCGUCGACGCUGAACCCAACUCUAGGUCCCCGUCGGCCACAUCGAUACGGUCUCAGGCAAGUGAUCAGCGUAUCAUGAGCAAAAGUCCCAUUCCCGUGCGCAAUGGCAAGCAACCCAAUCAUCUGCCCGAUCCAAACCGAUCCAUCGAGGACGAUGUACGUGACUUUGUACAAGAGAACAUACAGGACAUUCUGCCGAACCUGGUGCAACAGGUACGGCAGGAACUGGACGCGGUGAAAGUGAAUUUACAGACGAAACCGAAAUCAUUGGAGGACGACAUACGCGAGACGUUGAUGAGGGCCGAAUACUCUGAGAACGACUACAGCAACAUUCAUUACUUUCCAUUCGAUAAGACGCCCGAACCGCCUGUACAUUUCCCCGAGCGUCAGCAAACGAGUAAGGUGUCGGUACAGCCAUCGGUAGCCAACGAAACGGACGAGUAUGCUAAUAUUCAAAAGUUUCUGGAGCGAGCCAUAAGAAACGAGAAAACCACUACCGUGUUUGAUCAGAUGAAGCGUAGCAACUAUCUUAUUGAUAGCAGCUCCGACGAAGCACGACAAACGGCGGAGUCUACGGAUUAUUACGAUCUGGUAUCGAUCAACGAGAAAUUGAUGCAUCUGUUCACUUCGAAGGAGUCUCAACCAGUGCAACAACAUGAGGUUGCAUCAAAGACAUCUCAUCCAGAGGAAAGUCCAUCAACUACGAAAGUUCAGAGCCACGUUCCAACAGCUACAGAAGAAGCUACACGAACUCCGCAAGGUCCAGAAGAGCCAAUACCACACGAAAGUCCACAAAUGGAAAAGAAAGGCGUUAAGAAACGUCGCGGAUCACGUAUUCCUGUCAACAAGAACAAUUAUCUCUACAGGCGUCCAGUGAAAAGCUCUUCCGAAAGUGACUUUGAAGUAUUGGCCACAAAUGCAAAACAGAAUCAAUCGUCGAUAGCGGCUAUAGAUCAUGUGGAAGAAAUGCGACAUGUGGUUGAGAAUAUCGAACGUAUCGAGCAGACGAUGGACGUGGAAGACGCUCCUGAAGAUGAAGAUGAUCAAGAAGAUUUCGAGUUAGUUGAUGAGCCAAUCUACAUAAACCUUCCUCCGAAAAAAGAAUCAGAAGCUGAAAAUGUGGAACAGCUGGAAGAGGUUGAAGAUUCAACUACAAUGCCACAACAAGCUUCUCCAGUUGGAGAAUCUACCACGUUCGUUGAACCUAUUAAGGAUCAUCAUACUGAGUCCGUCAUGCAUGAGCUUACGCAAGAUAUCUCAACACCUCAAGAACUUCCACAACAGUCAGUUGAGGCUACGGAUGCUGUCAAUGAGCCGAUUGUGGAAGAACAAAAGCUACAAGACUCUACACCAGCCAUAUCAAACACGAUUCAAGAGCCUCCUAUACAACCUGUGGAAUCUAAUACUGCUGCUGCUUCUAUUGCUCAUGUUGUUGAAGAACCAAAACCAAUUCAGCCACAAGAUUCUGCCUCACAAGCUUCAAAUGAGGAUCAGCAGCAGCCUCUUCCAGCGGCUUCUGCAGAGGAAAACAUACAAACUGAUGAGCUCCCAAUCACCGCUUCAAACGAAACUAAUGGUCACGUACAAGAAGAGCCUCAACCAACUGUUAUUGCUGAAACACCUGUUGUGGCAAGUGAGACCAUAGCUAGCUCCUCUGCUCCGAAUGAGUCAACUGAACCACCCACACAAGCUGUCAAAUCUGAACCACCCACAAACGGCUCAUUGCCGGAUAAUUCAAACAACAUCUCGGAAGCAGAUCAGCAAGACGAUGUUAUAAGCCAUAGCUCCAAACUGGCAAACAAUCUAUCCGAACUUGUGCUAGAUACGAAACGGCUCAUACAACAAAUGAAGGAUGAGAUCAACUCGGACAUUGCAACGUUCAAUGAGGACGAUGCUGCUUACGAGGAAGAUUACUACGAAGAUGAAUACGAAGACGAAUGGGAAGGUGAAGAGGAGGAAGAAGAGUGGGAUUCUAACGAGGAGUACGAUGUGGACGAGAAUGGCGAUUUUUAUGAGUAUGAAGAUGAUGAUGAUGAUGGAUCGGUCAUGUUUUCCGAAAUGACCAUCAUUGAUUCCGCCAAAUCAAGAGAUGCUGAGCAACCGCCCAAUGAAAUGAUACCAGUCCAAGAACCUCCACAAAUGAUCAUGCCCAUGAUCAACAUGGCGAUCGUAAGAGAAAACGAACGGAACAGUGCGUCCGAGGUGAGCGAUCUCCCACUGGACAGUGAUUUCAAUGAUGCUAUGAGUGUGAUUGAACAGUCAGUAGGCGAGCUACGAAACAUGUUGCACUUGACUGAGGAAGCUUUAGGACCGCUGGAUCUGGCCAACCCACUGCAUCAUGCUUCCAGCGUGGAGACGCUACAGAAUAGUCCGGAACAGAGUGAAAUUAGUGAGAUUACACUCGUUCCCGAGUACCAUAACACGACGGCAGAGGAAUCGAGUGAACCUACGCUCGUGGCAGACGAGAAUGUUCCGAUGACGAUGAAGGAUGUGCAAACAUUAAUGAACGCCAAAGCAGUCAUUGGUGGCUUUAUAAAAAAUGUGCAAAAAAUAGAGCAAACGACUGAAGAACAGUUGCAAGAUAAUGCACUACCGAUCGAGGAAUCCCCGAUAGUGAUUUACGAUUCUGUGAAGACAUCCUCAACAGAAACUACGGAUAACAAACCACCAUCUGUGAUCGAAAGGAAUAUUUCGAAUGGAACGGCAGCAAUUUUGGAAGAGCCAGUAGACACAAUCGACGAGACAGUUGUGAAUGACAGCACCGGAGUAAUUCAUUCUAAUAUCAACUCUACAGUUCAAGCAGAGAACUUGGAAGGUGUAGUCCACAUUUCAGGUGGUACAGAGGCCAGCCAACCAGCUGCCUCAUCACCUCAUCAACCGCUGUUAUCUGAAGAUAAUAGCAGCGUUGUUUCCCCCGUUCCAUUGUCAAAAGCAUCUGUACAAGAACCUGUUCUUACCGACGCCCCAACGACACACGAUCAGUUGAGCAAUGGUGUAAAUGGAAAUAUAGCUACAAGCAAUGAAGCGGGACAUGUUACAGAGGUAAUCACACAAGAAGGAGGCUUGGGUAUUCUGGCUUCCUCCACAAGCCAUCCAGACUCACAACCAGUCCAAGCAACGCCCAACUCCCAGAAUAUUUCAGUGAUCAAUAAUGCAAUACCUGAGUACGUUAAUGCGGAUGCUUUACAAUUGAUUCACGAGAACGAUUCCGGUGCACCUAUCCCUGAAUACGCUACAGUAUUUAAGGCAAGUUCGAAGCUUCAAGAAAUCGAGACUACUAAUGACUUGACCCAACAGCCACCAGCUUCUAUUGGAACAAUUCUGAACACAAGCCGUGAACAUCCUGCUACAAGCCAGGAAGAAGCAGGUCUUGUAAAUGGGACAAAUUUGAGGGCAGCGAUUACCGAAGAUGCUUCAGUACCAGCAACUUCAGAAUCGUACUCCGUGGAGCAGCCGUCUGAAGCUACCGUUAACUCACAAGAAGUUUCUGUUGAGUCUGCAAUAGAUGAUCACAUCGAUCAUCCAGCUAGUGAAAGCUUGAAAAUGACGAAUGACAUCACUCCAACUACUCAGCAAAGUAUUCAACCAGAAUCUACACAAAACCAACAAGGUCCUGGUGAUCUUGCAGACACAUCGAACAAUCCCAUCCCCGUGACGGACGGUGACGUUCAAUCACUACCACAGCAACCCACCACCACUAACGUCACCACUGAACAACAACCACCAGAACCAAACGCAAAUAAUUUACCUAAUGGAAAUGCUGCAGGCGGUCACAGGACACAAUCACGUGCCUCCUCUGAGGAGCCUUCAUCUAGCUUCGUUGAGAUACAACCAUCGCAGGUCAUCAUUCACACACCUCAAACGGAAACGCAACCGCAAGUCGUUCCGCCCGAAGCUCCACCGCGUACCACAAACAUCUACCAGAAUGUGGACCUUCAUCCUUCGGCUUCAUCCAUCUCCCCCACUGCAACUACCAUUACCACCACCUCCACUACCACUACCACCACUACUACCCCCAUGAAGAGCCCACCCACUCGAUCAAAGUCGAAAGCUCCCAAACUAACCGUUAAAGUUACAAACGCUGCUUCUUCGCAGUCGGAGGAUGGUGCCUCACCGACAACACCACCAACUCCCACUGGCCAGAAGGCUAACGCCAAAGCAAUCGCUUCCAAAACUAAAACCGAAAGUAAAAAGAAAUCCACCAGCACCACAUCGUCCCCCACGGCCGAUUCCAACGGUCGGCGGCCGUCGGUCACGCGCAAAAAAUCGAUCGGCGGUGUGUUUGGCCCGGUGCAAACCAACACGGUCAAGAACAUGCAGAAAGAGUUCCUCAACAAGGCGAAGGAAUCGCCCAAACCGAGCACAUCCAAGGUUGCUCCCAAGCCGGCCAAGCUCGUUCAGCCCAAGGCGUUUACCGCUCGCUCAUCGACUACACCGACCGCCUCAACCAGCAAGGCAUCCACCCCGGCGUCGGAGGAUGCGAGCACAUCGGCCAGAUCCACGCCCGGACUCAACGAUGCAAACGAACCACAGCCGGGCAGCUCGCGCGACACGACCUACAUGUGCGAGAAGUUGAUGAAGAAAAAGUACCGCGAAACGUGCUUCAGCGAUGAGUACCAAACGACGGACGAUGAGGACGAAAGCCACAUGACGGUCACGGAAAGCGAGCGCACCAUUAUCAAGAGCCUCGUGAAACCGUACGAACCGAACAAUGAGCCACCAGAAGUGCAAGCAAAACAGUUGAUGGAAGAUGGUCUUGUGCAAACGCUCGCCCAAGCA